UCAUGCUCCUUCCUGUCGCUAUCGAGGCACCUGCUGCCCGCACUGUCGACUAGAUCGCACUUUCCGGGAAAAUUGAACGAUAUUGCCUUCUGCCGACAACUUGUGUUGAAUUUACAGGCUCAUUAUUUGCCGGUGUGUGGAGAUAGUUAUAUAUGCAAGACACCGAUGGCAACGACAACACAGUUCCGUCUCAGCCAGAAACAGAGAGUCUGGUGGUGGAGACAAAGGUGGAAAUGGAGGUUUGUGGGUCCGGCAACUCAGCUACUUCCGUGCGGUUCGAGGAUAUGAUGGUAGACACUAUCAACGCCACCACUCUCCACCUGGACUGGUGUCCCCUGCUUAACUGUGAUACACUGUAUGGAUACAAGAUCCGCUACUCAAUCAAGGACCACUGCUCAUACAAUGAGAUAUUUGUCACGUCUGGGAUCUCGAGCUACACGAUCAGUGGCCUGAAGCCCAACACCGAGUAUAUAAUCAGCGUGAACGCCGUGGAUGCUGAGGAGCGGACCGUCCACAACUGCGGCUGGGGCACAUUCCGCACCGACGACCUUGAUGAUGAGCAUCAGGGACGCCAAGAGUCGCCUUAUUUGGCAGCCAUUGCUGGUGCAUUACUCAUCGUGAUUGCUCUCGUUGUGCCAAUAACUCUCCUAUUUGUGAAAAAAUGUGGCCCCUGUAACGGUUCCAUAAACGACAACUCCUCAAACAUAGAUAAGGGUGUAAUGGCUGAACACACAUCUAUUCAACCUCUGACUGCCACGGACACGCCAGGUGGCGUUGUGAACAGAAGAACCAACCAAGACACUCUGUUUGAUCACGUGGUCUCGACUCUAACAUCUCCAGAUCUUCCUGACGACAAUACCGAAUCGGAAUUUUAAAUAAUUUAGAGUUCUUAUAAAAUGUCUUUGACAGAAAAACACAAAAACACUCAAACAAUGUGAGACUCUUUUUAUUGUUUAUUUUCAAUAGAAUUAUAGGAUUUCUAAAUUACGAAAUUGUUUUGUAAAUAUAAUAUUUUUAAAUAACAAAAUUGUUUUAUAUAUAGUUCUAUUGCUUUAUGUAAGAGAUAGUAUUUACUUGGUUGUAAAUUCCAUUUUAACUUCAUUUUAGCAUUAUAUAUAUAUUAUGUUACACAAUGAGGUUAAUGUAAAUUAUAAAGGUUUUGUACGUAUCCGUUGUACAUGGAGUUUAAUACCAGAAAGUUUAAAUCCAAAGAUCAGUUUGAGAAAACAUAGAGAUUUUAAUUGUCAAUUGUAUAACUAUAUAAAAAAAAUAAAGUUUUGGAGAAACUA